GUUGCAGCUCCCUCUAUUGUUAAGGGUAUAAAUAUUGUUGUACGCCACCGGGAAUGGUACAGUCGAGCGGUGCUUUCCAUCGAAGUAAGAAGCAAUAGUCAGCCAAAUCGACGCGGCCGUAGUUCGUGCAAGGAAAGUGGGAAAAAAAGGAAAAACCAAAUCAUAACGAUGGCUUUUCUAUUCAAGACCGUUGCCUGCUUGGCGCUGCUGUCAGUCGCUGCCUGUGAGUAUGGCGGUGAGGAGGAGCACCACGGACACCAUAGCGUGGGAUAUUCGUACGCCAAGUUCAGUGGACCGGUUAGUGGACCGGCGCACGAGAUCCACGUCGAGGACAAGCACGGCCACGGGCACAAGAUUGACUAUGUCGCGAAGCCGGACUAUGUGUUCGAGUACGGUGUGGAGGACCCGAAAAGCAAGGUCUCCCAGAGCCGCAAGGAGCACCGGCACGAGGAUGAGCUGCACGGCGAGUAUAGUCUGCAUCAGCCCGACGGCAAGCUGCGCACGGUCAAGUACAGCUCGAACAAGCACAGCGGAUUCCAGGCUGAAGUGUUGAUCGAUGGAAAGCCGCUGCACGAGGAGGAGCUGGCCAAGCUGGCACAUGAGGCCGCCGCCCAGAGCGCGCACGGUGCCCAGCUGCACCAGCAUCAGCACCAGUUCCACCAUCAGCACCAGGACGAGCCCAAGGCGUACGGUGGCGCCGAACAGCAGACCUACGGUGGUGAAUCGUCCUACGGUAUCGGUGCCGAGGGUGGUGAGGAGGGAGCGCAGGAAGAAUACUACCACUAGAAACCAUCUUGCAUCGGUGGCAGGCUGUUCAACUGUGAACGAAACGUUCAGCAUUACCACGAUACCCCGCAGCAAAAGUGGUACCCCAAUCUCCACACCUUUCCGAUGAUUGCGGGAACUGGAAUAGAACUGAGAAGCAUAUUUGCCCUUUCUUGCUUUGCCCGAUGCUCACCGAAGCGUUGAACCAUGUUCCUAAGCUUUAAGAAUGUUCUGUAAGACUAUUUCGUCGACUCGCUGACAAAGCAAAGACCGAUUUAGUCAAACAUUUUUGUGUAAUUGUUUUUGUGUAUGACGGUCAGUGUAAUCGAGUCACAACUAUUUUCGGUGCUAAAAGUCACUGCUUAACUAUUUCACAAUUAAUAUUGAUUUCUUUACUAGCUCGUCCGGUUCAAUCUGACUCUUGAGAAAGAUUGAACUGCUGCAGACUUUCUAUGGCGCCCAUUAAACCUACGGAGAAUGUUAACUAGUGUAGUAGUCUCGUGUAAAACCAAAUGAAAUGAACGACUCUUCCAUGCUGGAAGAACGAAAUAAAACUAAUUGAAUUAUAUAAUCACAGUUUCGAAUUCCUUCAGCCACACCUAACAGACGAAAUGGUUUAGGCAACCAUUACAU